GUUGGAUUUUGUACUACUGGGCGGUAGUUUUGGCUUUGUUCGCUCCCGUAACGGGAAUGGCAUCUAGGGAUUUCUUAGCUGCCUUUUCCUGUUUGCCUAGACUUAUCGUAUUCGAUCUUGACUUCACUCUCUGGCCACUAUGGUGUGACACUCAUGUGUCACCCCCUUUUAUUCGAAAAAAUAAUGUUAUAUAUGAUGUCAACGAGAGGCGAGUGGAUGUAUAUCCAGAUUCGGAGAAGAUUUUAAGAAUAAUCAGUGAAUCUCCAGUGAUCAAACUUGCCUGCGCUUCUCGAACUUCUGCGAUCAACGUUGCUCAACAACUUCUACGGAUUCUUGGUUGGUCAAAUCUGUUCGACUAUACAGAAAUUUAUCCAGGGUCUAAAAUCUCUCACUUCAAAAGGUACGUCAUUCAUUUAUAUUUUAUUCCGAUGAUUAUAUACUCCAGAGAUGAUAUGAUGAAGGAUCAAUCACACUGGCGUUCAUAUAUCUGCGCCUUAUGUUCAUCUAAACCGUUAAGUCACAUUUCGUUAUUUCCUUUAUUCUCUCUUCUUUUCGUGGGUAACUAGAUACAGUUAUUGGUAACACUAUUUGCAUUCAUUUGUCUUUUGUCAUUUAUUUUGAUAUGCUAACGUGAAGCAUGGCAAUUGGACCCGUUGCGCCUUCAAUGGAACAUCUUAUGUUGAUACUAGUCGACUGGCAUUAGACUCUUACUUAAACUGUAUGAGAAGCCAGGUUGCAUACUUCUCAAGAUACCGAUACGAAGUUCUUCAUUAUUCAUUUAGUUAGUUGUAACUUCCACUGUGUACCAUAAAUAUCCAGCAGAUAUGCAGUUAUAAGUGAAAAUAAUUCAUUUUUGCUGUUUCCAGACUUCCAAUCACCAAGUUAGUAACUCAGAGGUAAGGCACAGAGUUUUAGGUAAAAUGAACAAGUCAUUUGGAGCUGUGAGCUUCCAUAGUCUCAGGUGUCUGGGCCAUGUUAUGGAUGCCUGGUUACUCGACCGAAAGCUGCUACCUUGACACAGUUGUUGAGUUUGUAUAUCACAAUGACCCGACGAGCUACACUGGCUGGAACGCUUCUUCUCUCGAGUUCCUACAAUGCCAGAAAGGUUUGUUGGAUAGUGGUACGACGAAAAGCAGUUACCGUUGUAGUAUGACUUGCUGCAUUAUGGCGGGGGUCCGAGGGUGAAGUCGUACUGCUGCUAGCCGGGUGUGGUGUGACAGCAUUAAGGUGUUUCCCUUAGAUAACCAGCAGUGCUACGUUGGUGCUUCCUUCCCCAUGAGAAGGUUGAAACAGAAAAGGUUGGCUUCCCAAACAACACAUUCCUCCUUGCCUCAUGGUCUUCUGGUGCCGGUGGUAUGGGCUUUCUCUAUCUGGCUUCAGAACAAUCAAGUCGCACACCAAAAGUCAUGAAGAUGCUGUGUAUUACAGGCCUCAAGCAGAUGUCCCAUGGGAUCUGCAGUCACGCCUAUCACUUUCUCUCUCAGACACCUUAAGAAGAAAUAUCCUCCCACGGUGUAUGCAGCUGGGAAGUGUCAACCGCCUGCACACUUCCAGUAGUAUUGUGUUUACA